CUAGUUCACAAAAUUUAACUUUUUGUCUGUUGCCGCGAAUUUUGUGGUUGAUAAUGUUCACUUAUUACUUGUUUUUGUCAAAUCUAACCUCAACAUUUUUUGAGCAGCUCGAGUUACUUUGUUUUUAAUUUUUAUCAUUUAAGCGUAUAUAUUAAUCGAUAACAGGCGUAUUUUACUGUGUUAAGAUUAGUAUCUGAAGUUUUUGCGUCAUGAGUAGUUCAAGGAGACGUUGUUUGAAAAAUUCAGAUCAUUUUUGCUAUAUAUGCGGAGAAUAUGUGUUUAACGAUUGUAGAAAAGUUAUAUCAGAGCUGGUAAAAAAUACAUAUUUUGAAUAUUUUAGGAUGCUCUUGGAUAAAAAUGAGCAGUCUUGGGCUCCCAAUUGUGUUUGCAAAUCGUGUGUGAAAUAUUUAAGAUUAUGGAAAAGUGGUAAAAGAAAUGCCUUUAAAUUUCAAACACCGACUAUUUGGCGAGAACCACGAAAUCAUCUCGAAGACUGUUAUUUUUGUACCGUGAACGUAAACGGUUUAAACACUAAAAAUCAAGCUAAAUGACAGUACCCAAGUACUAGUUGUGUUCAACGUCCAGUGCAGCGUUCACCUAACUUGCCAGUGCCUAAAAAUAUAUCUGAACCCUUGGAACAAGACAUUGAAGGACCAAGCUCAUCACAAAAUGAUGCUGAUUUUGAAGGUACGCCAAAUAAGCUAAAAUGAUUUCCCCAAAAUGAGUUAGAUGAUCUUGUAAGACAUUUAAAUCUUUUUGAACAAGCUUCAGAAUGGUUAGCAUCAAGACUGAAAGAAAAAAAUUUGCUUUCCUCAGAUACUAAAAUAAGUUUUUAUCGUGAAAGAGAUAAAUAAUUACGGUUGUUAUUUUUCCGAAGAAAACGAUAUUACCUUUUGUUCAGAUAUUAAAAACUUGUUAAUAAAAAUGGGCUUG